UUUAAGUUUUCAGAAGACCUAAAAAAAUAUGUCUUUUCAGUUUUCAGUUGAAGAAUUCUUGACGACACAGGAAUCAGUCUUAUAGCAUCUUAAAAAGCAGUGAAUGUAAAAAGAAAUAGUACAAGCAUCUAAACUAGAACUAUUGAAGGAAUCAGGUGCCAGCAUUUGAAUAGAAAGUGUUAUUUUAACAAGAAAUCCCUUAGAUUUAUAGGUCAAAAGUUUUUUAUGUUUCUUCAACGGUAUUCUUGGAAUGCAGCAUUGGGAAACAAUGCAAACAAAGUGACAACAUAGAAAUCCAGGUUACUGUUAUAGCUAGUGCUGUAACGGAUCUGAUCAUCAAGUGUGAUAUACACAACAAAUUAUCGGCUAUAUUUUAUUCAGUUCACGGGAUCUAAGCACCCUACAACGGUUUGAUAGAUUUUGUAAAGAUUCAAGACAUAAAUCUUUGUUUUAGUUUAACAUGUGACAAGAGAUACCAUUGAUCUACAACGGUUUGAUAGAUUUUGUAAAGAUUCAAGACAUAAAUCUUUGUUUUAGUUUAACAUGUGACAAGAGAUACCAUUGAUCUGACAUUAGAACCGUUGGUUCUUUGGAAAGAUUCACUCUAGAUGUACCAUAGUACACCCUCUGCUCUUAGAAGCUUUAUAUCAUAACUUAUAAGUAGUAGACAUCUUUGCUUCUGAACAAAGCAGUUGCUAUCAAUCAUUUGUAGGCCAUAUACCCUAGCUUUCCUUGUAUAAGCUUGUAUAGUUUGUUUUUGCUUCUGAACAAAGCAGUUGCUAUCAAUCAUUGUAGGCCAUAUACUCCAGUUUACCUUGAAUAAGCUUGUAUGGUUUGCUUUUGGGUCUAAACAAAGCAGUUGCUAUCAAUCAUUGUAGGGUCAUAUACUCUAGCUUACCUUGUAUAAGCUAAGGUGUAGCUUGUUAAAUGGAGAGAAGUAAGAUUUUCAUACUAGGUUUACUAUUUAUGGCAUUGAUAAUGCCAAUGUAUGAGUGUGGGUGUGAUUUUCCUGCUAUUUAUAACUUUGGGGAUUCAACCUCUGACACAGGGGCAAUCCAUUUCACAUUCCCAUAUAACAUGCUUGCAGAGAAUCCUCCCUAUGGCCAAACAUACUUUGGGAAACCUGCAUAUCGUUACAGUGAUGGAAGAUUGUCCAUAGAUUUUUUCGCUAAGGCACUGGGAUUGCCCUUCUUGAGCCCUUACUUACAGUCAGUGGCCUCAAAUUUUGGGCAUGGAGCCAACUUUGCUGCCGCAGGUGCCACUGCCCGUGACACAUCUUUCAUUGCCCCCAUUUCUCUUACUGUUCAGAUCAACCAGUUCAAGAUUUUUAAGCAACAGGUUCUGGACGGCAUUCAAAUUCACGGUAACCUGAGCUUCCUUCCCACUGCAGAAACCUUCAAGACUGGAAUCUAUAUAUUAGAGAUAGGGGGAAAUGACUUCAGCUAUGGUUACAUGAAUCUAAAGCUCAAUACAAGUGAGGUCAAGAAUCUGAUUCUCCCCAGAGUCGCAAGGGCCGUAGCUGGAGCUGUCCAGGGUUUAUACUCAGAAGGAGCCAGGACCAUUCUGGUGAAGGAUGUGGGGCCUCAAGGGUGCGAAGCAUUCUGGCUUACAUACUUCCCGCAUUCCUCAAAUGAUUUUGAUGAACAUGGCUGCUCUGUUUCAUACAAUGAUGCAGUGCAAUUUUACAACAGAAUUCUGAAAGCCCAGCUCUCAGCCCUCCGCAAGCAACUGCCAGAUGCAGCCAUUGUCUACGUCAAUACCUACGACAUUGUCUAUGAUUUCUUCGCCAAUCCUUCCAAAUACGGAUUUGAAUUCACUACAAGAGCUUGCUGUGGAGUUGGGGGCAAAUACAAUUAUGACUAUGCAGUACAGUGCGGAUCAAAGGGCACAAUCAACGGCCAAAAUGUGAGCGCAGUCUCCUGUUCGAAUCCUGCUUCCUACGUUUCUUGGGACGGAGUCCACUGGACAGAUAAUGCCAAUAAAAUUCUCACACAGCAAAUUCUUGGCGGAAAUUUUUUUGAUCCUGCCAAUUUCUCCAUUGCUAGCCGUUGUGAUCUUCAGCCUCUCUGAACAUUGCAACCCUUAAAAGAGAAAACAGGUUUUCGGACGUUUAGAAGCCUAAACGUUUUGAGAUUAAGGCAUGGUCAUUAUGCAUUCUUCUGCUCUAAGAUUCAGGGUUUUUACAGAGAGAAAUUCAAUUGAUUCUUUGGAACUUCGAAUAAGGGCUUAUCCAAGAAAAAUCUCAUUGUACAGCAGAGAUGUCGUACAGUAUGAUUUUCAGCGGACCCUGUAAUUUAAUCAGAUUCGAAUCGAAUUAUAUUUUACCUAAAAUGUAAGAAGCCUUCACGGCUUUUGAAAUUAUAAGUUUUUUUCAAAAUAUUUGAUUUAAUGUAAUUCUAAUUAUUUAUUUAUCAAUUAAAGAGAUUUAUUUAAUAUGACCUCUUUGUCAA